GGCAGAGUGCAGAGGCAAAGACAGAGGAAGAAGGAGAGGAAGAAACUCUGGACUUGGAAAUGUCUCUGUUUCUCUCCAAAAUCCGCCAUUUGAGGCGAGUCUUUCUUAGCCAUGAAUUUAGGUUUCUGUCGAUUUCCCCAAACAAGAGCUACUGAACUUAAAAUUGGCUUAAAUUAGAAAGGGCCUGAAAUUACCAUUGGUUUGGUUUUUUCCUCGUUUUUUCUGAUGGGAUUUGGCAUUUGGGGUCUUCUCUCUCUUUCUAUCUCUGCUAAAGUGGGUUGGCAAAGUGUGAGAAAGAGAGUGAAACGGGCUAAAAUGCUAACAAACUGGCUGUUCCUCCAUCAAUAUUCUGCGACACUGCCUCCCUAAUUUUGCACACAAUCUGUUCGACGAAAUGCUUGUUUUUAGUUUUACUGUAUGGCUCUGUCUCCUUCAUUCUGUCCUCUUUCUCGUGCUAUAUCUCUUCCAUUUUGCCCCUUUUCCUGUAUAUCUAUAUAUAUAUCACAUGUUCUUAGCCUUGGAAAAUCAAAAUCAUUCGUACUUUACUGUUCUAUUGAGAUUCAAUCAUUCAACAAAAAGAGGAAUUUUGGGGUUGGAGAAGGAAGAAUGGAAGUUGAUCAUCAACAAGCUAUCAUGGGGUCUAAGGAACAAGCACUGAUAGCCAAAGGUAAGAGAACCAAGCGCCAAAGGCUUCAUUCUCCAAUCCCUUUUGCUGUUCCAGCCAAUUCUUCAAGUGGGGAAGGAGGAUUUGUUGUUGAUGACAGUAAUUUUGUAGCAGAGAACAAUGAUUAUGAGGUUUUGAUUCAGAAUCAGAACAAUUUUUCAACUUCUUCAUCCUCUGGUGGUGAAUUGCAGCCAUACAAUAUCGUCACUGAAGAAGAAGAAGACAUGGCUAAUUGCCUUAUCCUCCUUGCUCAAGGGAGACCCUUUUGUUCGCCGCCGAAACAUGUCGAUGCCAGACCGGUUCAUCAUCUUAACAAUGUGCGGAGAUUCCCGACGGAGAAUGUCGCGGUUGGAACCGAAAAGGGUGGGAGUGGAUGGAAUGGUUAUGAGUGUAAGACCUGUUAUAGGACAUUUCCAUCGUUUCAAGCAUUGGGAGGACACAGGGCUAGCCAUAAGAAGCCUAAGGCCAUGGAAGCUGAAAAGAAGCUGCAUUUGUCUUCAGAAUAUGAAGAGAUGCAAUUCAGAAACAAUAUCACAAACUCACUUUGUCUGCAAUUGAAUCAGAGGGGGAGUUUGUAUAGCAGUGGCAAGGCUAAGGUUCAUGAGUGUGCUAUCUGUGGAGCUGAAUUUACAUCUGGGCAGGCCUUGGGAGGUCACAUGAGACGCCACCGCGCCAUGCCGGUCGGGACAAACACCGCCUUGUCUCUGACUCCAAUGGCUAUUGAAACUGAGGAUCAAAGACAACCAAAGCGGCAAAGAAGUGUUCUUUCUUUGGAUUUCGAUCUCAACCUUCCUGCUCCUCAAGAACAUGAUCAAAGAGAAUCAUUCUUAAUAAAGUCAAACCAGCAGCCACAACAACAACAGCACAAUAAACAACAAGAACAGCAGCAACAGCAGCAGCCCCUUGUUUUUCCUGCCAGGACUUUGGUUGACUGUCAUUACUAAGGAUGGAUCAGAAUUCUAAAAUUUUUUCACCCUAAAUUUUUUACUGAUGAUCAACUUGAUGUGAUUAUUUGAGUUUAUCUUCAUUUUUUAUCCUCUUGUUUGGAAAAUUUAC